AUGGCAGCCGAAUCCGAACUUCGAGCAGAAGCGCCUUCCCUGCAAGACGACAAAGAGGGCCCAGAGAUAUCGGAAGCACGUCGAGUCUCCAAGCAUUGGGACCCUCCCUCAAGCCCGCACGAGUUUUCCGAAGGUGGUUUGGCAGGUUGGGCAACUGCUUUUGGAGCCAGUUUUGUGGCUUCGUUUGGUGUCUAUCAAGACUUUUAUACCCAACAUUACCUGACAAAUGAGACGUCGUCUGCUAUAUCAUGGAUCGGGAGCACUAGCGCUUCUUUACUCAUGCUCGUGGGCCUCGUGUCGGGUUCACUGCACGACCGAGGGUAUUUUUACCAUCUCAUGAUCGCCGGAUCGUUUCUGGAGUGUUUAUCUCUGUUCAUGUUAUCUUUGUCGAAACCGGAUCAGUACUACCAGAUAUUUCUCUCUCAAGGAUUAGGGUUGGGUAUCGCGACGGGGCUCUUGUAUAUUCCUAGCGUGGCUAUCAUCUCCCAUCACUUCCGACAGAGGCGCACACUAGUUAUGACGUUCGUCGUUACGGGCUCAUCGCUAGGUGCUAUCAUCCAUCCGAUCAUGCUCAAUAACCUCAUCAACGGCCCUCUUGGUUUUUCCAACGGCGUCCGUGUAAGCGCAGGGUUGAUCAGCUUAUUUCUCUUGACUGCAUGUUUGUGCAUGCGAACCCGCCUUGAUCCGCCGGUGACACCGGUGAACUAUAUCGUGGCGGCUAGAAAAUGUAUUCGCGAUGUACCGUUUGUGCUCCUAAUAAUAGGGGGCUUUCUUUUCCAGAUCGGUUUCUACUACCCGUUAUUCUUCUUUCAACUAGACUCUAUCAAGCACGGUAUCAGUGUUCAUUUUUCGUUUUACUCUUUAGUGAUAUUGAAUGGUUUCAAUUGCUUAGGGCGACUCACGUCAGGGUUUAUUGCGAGGUUCACGGGAGUCGUGAAUUUAGCCACAGUGGCGGCAAUUUUGUGCAGCAUGCUCAUUUUUGGCAUGAUUGGGCUGAGUAGCUUGGCAAGCGUCGUCGUGCUUGGCGUGAUUUAUGGCUUUCUUUCAGGGAUGAACGUUGCGAUGUUGACUCCACUCAUGGCUACUUUAACACCCGACGUCUCUGAGCUUGGCGCACGGAUGGGCAUCUGUCUCUUUACUGCUGGAAUCGGAGGUUUGAUUGGAACACCCAUAUCUGGCGCUCUGCUAACAUCUAAUUAUACCUGGUGGAUACCGGGUUUGUUCUCCGGGAUCGUUUCACUGGCUGGUGCCGUGACAUUUAUCAUAAUGCGACAUAUGUUUCUCAGAAGGCGCGCGUCCUAGGUAGGUCUUCAUGCUCGUGGCUUCCGGAGAUGAAGACUUAGCUCUCUUCUUGCACUUGGUCAACAACGCUGGGAGCGGCAGCAGGUCCUUUCCACAAGGUUCAUCGCAGGAUGUAUUAUUCUGCGUCGCUUGAUUGCUAUCAGGAUGAUAAAGAGGCGUGUUGUGCAAUUUCUUUCGAUUGGAUUCUGAUACGCGAGAAGAGGGGACCUGAAGUGAUUUGCCGGAUAUGGUUUUUGACUGUGAUGGGAUGGUCUCUUCGAUCUGGUAUGGAGUUCCCCCCACGCUCGCAUCAAGUUUCUUCAGCUUUAGACCCCAGAUUGCUCGUAGAACAUAGCAUGACAAAAAUGACAUCGCAUUUUCCAGUA